AUGGAGAAGCAAGGGCACAGGCAUCGGGUAAGAUAAGAAAAAAUAUUCUACGGGCGUAUAUAAGGGCCACAAUUUUCGCAAAUCGUCGGAGCUAACAGAGGAAGUACUCCAAGUGAGACGCUCAGAUUUUGAUGAAAUUGGCACAAAUUUAGAAUAAUUUUUUAUAUGAUAUAUGCGAAAAUCCUAGCUCGCGCUUUGCAGAAACAACCGAGAUUUUUAGAUCGAAAGUCGGCCAAAAUUUAGGACUUUUUGCCGAAUUUCGUCACAAAAAGUUUCAUGCCUAUUUCUACCGUAAAGGAUAAUGUUUCUACAAAAAAUCAAAUUUUUCCGCACGAAACUGCCAAAGUUAUGGCCAAAAAGCGCUUUUCUCUCUGACCGCUCUCCACGUUUAGCGUGCUCCGGCAAUCGUUCGAUAUCUCGGCGGCAAAACUUCAAAAAAAAUAAUUAAAUUUUUUGAUUCAAAUGAAAAAAAUCUCCAAUUUUCCACAAAAAAUUCAAAAAAAUUAAAAAAUGUCAUUUCAAACUCACAAGGGAAGUACUCCAAGUGCGACGCUCAGAUUUUGAUGACACGUGGCACAAAUUUAGAGUAACUUUUUUUAAGAUAUAUGCGAGAAUCCUAGCUCGCGCUUUGCAGAAACAGCCGAGAUUUUUAGAUCGAAAGCCAGCGAAAAUUUAGGACUUUUUGACGAAUUUCGGCACGAAAAUUUUCAUGCCUAUUUCUACCGCAAAGGGCAAUGUUUCCACAAAAAAUCAAUUUUUUCCGCACGAAACUGCCAAAGUUAUGGCCAAGAAGGUUUUUUUACUUUGACCGCUUAAGCGUGCUCUCUCGGCGGCAACGGUCGUUCAAUAUCUCGGCGGCGAUUGCAAAGCGCGAGGUAAAACUUUCAGGAAUUGAUACUUAGUUCAUGACCGACGUGUGUGCAAAAUUUAACAAAAAUCUGAGCGUCGCACUUGGGGUAUUUCCCUUGUAAUAUUUUUAAAAAUUUUGCAAGUUUCAGCUUGUUUUCGAGCUGCGCCCUAUCAUUUUCGGUCAACUUCAGCCAAGUUUCAGCUAGCGUAUUGGCCACGUGCCGGGCCUGAAAAUUGCCGCAAAACUGUUCGGCACAGCUCGGGCCGGAAAAUUUUGGAAAGCCCGGCGCGAAGCCAUGCCUGAGCUCCACCCAAUCUCUCCCAAAAAAUCAUUUUUCUUAAAUCAUUUUUUCAGCACUGCAAGCACCACGUCGUCUUGCGAGCCGAUAGGCUGGGCACUCCAAGACCUCGGAGUCUGCCGAACGAGGAUACGAUUAGCUCCGAGGAUUCGGUGUUUUCGAAAAAGGAGAAGAAUAAAAACAAACUCGAGAAGGACGAGGAGAGCUCCGAGGAGGUCAUUUAUGAUGCCCCCGGGCAAGGAAGUCCUGUAGCAAAAGCUAAGAAAGCCGAACAGAAGAAGCCGGCCUUGACUGUAGGUUUAAUCGACAUUUUAUACGAUGAAACGUUUUUGCAGUUUUGUUUUUGGAUUUUUUUAUUCCCUCCGAAUUUUAUUAGAUUCAAAAAAUAUGCGUCAAUUUUUCAGAUUCCGUUAAAGGGCAGGCGCCCACCACGCAUUUACUACGACCCUAGUCUGGAUGGAACUCCAGAAUCGUUGAUUUCGGACACAACAACCUCGGAUAUCAUCCCCUGGCCCUACAUUAUGCAUCCUUCUCAGGCACUGAAAGUCCCAGAAGACAGACUGAUGGUCAAGGACCGGCUGAAGCGAGACCACAAGGGGCAGUGGACGCUGGAACGCCAGAUCAAACUCGAUUGUUCCAAAGGGAAUGGGAAAUUGAUCGAUGAAAAAAUUUUGAGCCACGUGAUCGAACACAAUGAACAGCUCCUAAAAAAGUAAGCCUCUGAGAACAUGUAUGUAGAAUGCACCAUGCCAGACUAUUUCAAAAUUCCUAACGUUUAUAUCGCGGUAAAGCAAAGUGCAUUUUUUUCAGGACCUGCCUUUGUGAUUGCCAGUCAAGCUCUAAGAAGAAAACCUAG